AUGUCCACUGAGUCCAGCCGUGCACAACCCAUCGUUGCCAUCGUUGGUGCAACUGGUAACCUAGGAACUGACAUUUCCGAGGCAUUCUUGAAUCACUAUCGUCCCCACUUCCCCCAGGUCAUUGCUGUCGUAAGGGAUCCGACGUCUGCCAAUGCGCGCAAGCUCGCAGACGCUGGUGCUGAGCUGCGCCAAAUUGACACAACAGACAUUGUACUCUCCUUCGCACGUGCUUUCACUGGCGUCGAUGUGGUCGUGAGCGCUGUCAGCAUGGCUCCGGUGGAAUAUCAUGAUGCUUUAUUCGAUGGGGCACUCAAAGCUGGGGUAAAGGUCUACUUCCCAUCGGAAUUCGGAAUGAAUUAUCACCUCAUUGAGUUUCGUGAAUAUAAGGAGCCUAUUUGGGAUGCGAAGGCUCAGCACGUUGCCCAUGCGCGUGAGCUCGCUCAAGGCAAAAUGAAAAUAAUCGUACUAGCAACCGGGCUCUUCACCGAGUAUGUCUUAACCCUGAUGCCACCAUUGAACCAGCCAUGGUUUGAAUUUGAUGCUGCAACUCUGACCUUUGCCUUCGCGGGCUCGCCGGACAGCAAGCUCGCGGUCACUGCGAAAGUGGACAUCGCACGAUCUGUGGCACAACUCACUUUACUGGCUCUCUCUCCAGACUCAGCUGUCCCGGACGUGGUGUACGUCGCGGGCCAGAAUGCCAUCGAAGGCGUCAGCGAGGAGUUUGGGUUAGAGCGAAAGAAGGUAACACUGAACGCCGCAGAUUUGGAGUCAUACAAGAUUGCUGCUCGAGAGGAGGAAGUCAGGAGUGGAAAGCCAAAUAUUUUGAAGCACAUCAAGAUCGCGCUCGGGGAGCACAAGAUGGACUUCUCAUAUAACAACAAUGAGCUUGUGAAUCCCGGAGAGACAUUGUGGAAAUGGAAGCGGGUGGAGGAUCAUUACCAAUUCGGGAACACAAAAUACUGCUUCUAUGAAGAAGUGGUUAAGCCCUGGGACACUGAGCACUUAUCUGUAUAG